AUGGAUAAUUUGCGUUUUGAUGGGCGGGUAGUAAUUGUCACUGGAGCUGGUGCAGGUUUGUUAAAAUAAUAAUAAAAAAACAAUAUUAUUAUUGAUUUUACAAUGUACCUACUAAAAUAUAUUAUGCAGGAUAUUCCACAAAGACAAUAAUAUCUUGAGAAAUAAUAAAGACAAUUAUAUUCUGUUUUUUUUUAGCAUUACUUGUUGUUUUCUGUCUGUUUCAAUUAAUUUUUUGUUUUGGGAAAAAAUUAAAAAAAUUACUAUUUUUUUAUUUUGAAUAAUUUGAAGAUAGUCAUUUUAUAGAAAUAAUUCUUAUGGACAUUUUAACUUAUUAACUAAUAUUUUUUUUAAAUUUUAGAGAAAAAAGUGAACAGUCAAUUAGCCAUAAUAAUAAUACAAAUUGUAAAUUAGCAAAUGCAAUUACAGCUUGCUGCAUAAUUAUAGGCACUUUCCUAUGAACUUUAAAAACAUUAUAAAAUCAUUUAAAAUAAAAAGUUUAAAUGUUAACAUUUUUAGAAGAUUCUAUAAUUAUAAAAUGGAUAUUAUCAAAUUUUACCAAAACAUAAAUAUUUGAAGUAUAUUGCGUGUAAUAUAAAAAAAAAAACAUAGAAUUUGAUUAUCUUUUAUAUCUCCGGAGAUAUUGUAAUGGGUAUAUCUUUGUGAGACACCCUUUACUCAUUAUGCAUUAUGACUGUGUUUAGUUUUACCCUUAUAACUAUAUUUUUUUUACAUAACUGUUUUUAAAUUGAAUAUUUUGCAUAAAAAUAGCAAUAUAAAUUGGAUGCGAAAAUAUCUUGAAAUUUAAUUUUAAAAUUAUCACAAUUUUAAUCACUUAUUAUCUGUAAAAAUCUUUUGAAUAAUAAAUUAAGUGUAUAUAAAUUAUAAACAAUAGGUACGUUUAAAUACAUUUUUUAACUUAUUUAGGUACUAUAUUAACAUUAAAUAGGUUACAUUUUGUAUUGUAGGAUUAGGUAAAGCUUACGCUUUAUUAUUUGCUGAGCGUGGAGCUUCUGUUGUUGUCAAUGAUCUUGGAGGCAGUCGAUCUGGAGAUGGAAGUAGUAGUAAAGCUGCAGAUGCUGUUGUAGCAGAAAUUCGUGCCAAAGGUUUGUGCAUUGUAUAUUGAUAAUUUUUUGUAUGGUACAUAAUUUUUAAACUAAUUUUCAGGUGGAAAAGCUGUACCCAAUUAUGACUCUGUUGUGGAUGGAGACAAAUUGGUACAAACUGCACUUGACAACUUUGGCCGUAUUGACAUUGUAGUAAAUAAUGCUGGUAUAUUGAGGGACAAAUCAUUUGCUCGUAUAAGUGAAUCUGACUGGAGUAGGUUAAUAAAAAUCUCAAUGAUUUAAGUAUGGUUAAAUAAUGAAAUAUUUCUCAAUUGUAGAUUUAGUUCAUGAUGUUCAUUUAAAAGGUGCUUUUAAAGUCACACAAGCUGCAUGGCCACAUUUUCGUAAACAAAAUUAUGGUCGAGUGAUUGUCACAAGUUCUAAUUCUGGUUUAUAUGGAAAUUUUGGACAAGCAAAUUAUUCGUAAUACAUUUUUACCUAUUUUAAUUUCUUCAAAAUUGUUAGAUUUAUUUUUAUUCAAUAAGGGCUGCUAAACUUGGUCUUGUGGGUCUUUGUAACACUAUGGCUAUUGAAGGUAGAAAAAAUAAUAUUAACUGUAAUGUUAUUGUACCCACCGCGGCAUCUCGACUUACGGAAGAUAUUCUACCACCAGGUAUUAACAUAAAAAAAAUCAAUUUAUUUUAUAGUCUAGUAUUUUUGUUUAUUUCAUUUUUUUUUUUUUUUUUUUUUUUUUUAUUAUAAUAGAAAAUAUAUUAAUAGUUAAAACAAAUUAUUUAAAUUAAAUAACAAUAUCAAUAAUGAAUAACAUAAGAAAAAAAAUUAUUAAUAACUAGUCUAUUAUCAGAAACCAUUAAAAUAUUGAUAGGAUAAUUUAUAUUUAUUUACUUUUGAGAGACAGGAAAUAGAAAAUUAAUUUUAAUUACAAUUAUUAUGAAUUAUAACUUUUUACUUUCAAAUUUAAAAUUAGCCUGGCUUAGUAAUAAAUUAUUCAGUAAUUUGUGAUAUGAUAAGGUAUUAUGAUUUUAUGUGUUUUAAGCAUAAUAUAUAAUCUUAAUAAUCUAUUAUUGUAACUAGAAGAUUAAGUCUAUCAAAUUUAAUGGAAAAAAUUUGUUAAUUUAUUGUGUACAAUUUAUUAUAAUAUGUUCUCAAAGGUUUACAUGAAACUAUAUUAUAGGUAUCAGUUUUUAGGUCACUUUUGUAGGUGAGAAGUUAAAAGGUAGAGGGGAAAUUAAAUGUAUCUGUAUGCAACAGUUAAUCAUUGCUAAUAAAAAAACAAUUCUGAGCAAAGUUUGAUUAAUAGUAUUGCUUUGUCAAAAAUAUAUUUGUCAUAUUAUGGUAAAAUAAUGACAUAUUCAUAAUAUAUUUUCUUUAAUAAGUAUUAUUUAUAAUGAACCUCCUAUUAAAUGUUCCAGCAUUUCUGUUUGGUCUAAUAAUGUUAUCCACAGAGUACCUAUCAAACAAAAAUUACAUAAAAAAAAACUCUGUAAAAUUAAAAUUUCUAAAUAGCUCAAAAAUGGCAACAAUGUUUUGAAAAUUUUAUUAAGUCUAUAAUAUGCAAAUAUAAGUUAAAAUAAGUCUCUACAAAUAUUUUUAACUGAAUUAAAACAAAAAAUUGAAAAACAAUACAUUUUGUAAAUUAUCUGUUUUUUACUAGUUUUUCCCAUUUGUUAUGAAAACAUCUGCAAAAAUUAAAUAAUGGCUUCCAUAAAGUACCACUCCAGUCAAAUUUCUUUCAGAAAAAGUUCUGCAUUUGACAAUCUGAGAAAAAAUUUGUUAACAGAUAAAAAAAAUAAAUAUCAUAAUAAAAGAGCAUAUAUUCAGAUAAAGAACGAAUGAGUACAUAUUAAAGAUAUUUGUAGGUGAAGGGAUCAUUGAUUUCUGAGCAGUUAAAUUUUUAAACUAAAGAAGUUUGACAACUUCAAAACAUUUUUUGGAUCAAAAAUAAUGCACUAAAAUUAUCAGCUAUCAUAAUUAUAGACAAAUAAUUAAGUAUAUAAAUUAUGAAAAACUAUGAAAAUAAAAAUGUAUGUCAAAUUGACUUAGUCUCAAAAUAUAAGCCAGAUAUUUUUUCAUUGGGUCAAUAUUUUAGUUUUAUUUAUUGUUUUCAGUAUUUAAAAGAAAAAAAAUUUUUCCAUGUUCCAUCUAAUAUUCUGAAAUUUUUAGUAGUUACUUUACAAACAACUCUUGUGUUACAUUGCUACAAAUAAUUUUAAUAUUUAGAUUAUACAUUUUUCUAGAUUUCUUUGCUGAAUUAAAACCUGAACUAAUUGCUCCUGUAGUAGUUUGGCUUUGCCACGAGAAUUGUGAAGAAAAUGGAUCCAUUAUUGAAUCAGCCGCUGGAUGGGCUACAAAAUGUAAGAACAAUAUAUAUUAUUACUUUAUUAAACUAAAAAAAUAUUAAUAAGAUUAAUUUGUUUAGGUCAUUUAGUUAGAGGAAGUGGUAUUUUACUUCGACACAAAAUAACCGACAUGGUCUCCCCAGAAAAUGUGAGAGAUGUUUGGAGCAAGUUAACUGAUAUGUCACAAGCAUCUAGACUGAAUUCUAUUGAAGUAACCAAUUAAAUACAUUGUAUGCAGAUGUAUGACUAAACAAUACAAAUUUUACAUUUUAGGAAGCAUCUUCAACUUUAUUAGGUGUUAUAGAUGAGAUUAAAUCAGGUCCACAAACUAAAAAUGAAAACAUAAGUGUAUUCGACUACACUUUUGUAGAUUCUAUUCUUUAUGCUAUUGGAGGUGAAUUAUGGAUUUUUUUUUUAAAUCUUUUAUUGAUUUUUAAUUGUUACUUGUAAAAGUGUAUGAGUACCUCUUAUUUCCAUUGCCUUCCACAUUUCCCUAUACAUCACAAUAUUUUAACCCCACGUGCUUUACAUAUGUCUCCUUUUAACACCUAUUCACCUUUUCCCUUACUUUCUGUAAUGGCCAACACUCAGAUCAGGAAUUUCUACAUCUCUAAAUACAGUUUAUUUUACCUAAAAUAUUAAUGUUAAUGUUAUCAUAUAACACUCCUGUUGCUUUCCUCUACUUUAUUCAGCCAUACCUAACCACUAUUUUUUACUGUUUAUAUUUAAAAAUUAAAUUUUUUUAAUGCAUUAUACUUAGUUGGAGCAAAUGUAAGGGAAGAAAGUGAUUUACAAUACUUAUAUGAAUCUCAUGAAAAUUUUUCAACAUUACCUACUUAUGCAAUUUUACCAAGUUUAAUGGCUACAAUGCAAAAUAGUUCAAUAACAAACGCGAUCCCUGGAAAAGAGUUUGAUUUAUCUCAGGUAUUAAUUAAUUUAUGUAUCUUAUACCAAUUUUUUAUUUAUAAAAUGUUUGAAAACAAUAUUUUUUUUAUUUUAAUUUUAAUUGAUUCGUGGAGACCCAUACAUUUUAUCUUAGUUUUAUUGUAGCUUCACCAAUUACAGAAAACUUUAUAUUUUGUAAUUUAUGCUAUCAUUUUUUAUUAUAAUAUACAUUUUGAUUAAAGCAUAUUAUGUAGACUAACACAAAGACACUUAAAAUUUAACAACUAAAACUUUUGUUCUUUUCAAUGUUUUUAUUCUUUUUUCGCUAUAAUAAUUACUAGAGUCUUGUUCUAUGAUUUCCUAUUUCAUAUAUUUUUUGAAACUAAAAAUAAACAAUAAAUAUUUUCUGAGUUUCAGAUCUUUGUAUUACACACUAUAUGAUUGUAAUAACUUAUAGUUUUACAAUAAAAGCUUAUUAAAAAAUUGAUAAGAAAAGAAAUUCAAAUUUGGUUAGUUUUUAUUUUAUAGUCAUAUAAAUAAAAUUAUUUUACAUUUCAAAAAAUACUUUUAUUUAGGUAUUUUUUAUGUUUGCAUAUAAAUUGUGGCAUUUUUUCACAUCAAUAGAAUUCUAUUUUUUUUUUUCAUAAUUUUUAAUAGUGAAAAAAAUGUUCUUUUCACAACAUGUAGAUGGGUAUUUUUUUAUUAGUAUCAAUUGUUUAAUCAUGUUUAGUUUAAGAGAUAUUUUUAUAAAUAUACACAUAAUUACUUAAAAAAAAUUAAUGAUUAUUUUUACUUUAAUAACAAAUUCAAAUUUACAUUUUAAAGGUUUUACACGGUGAACAAUACCUAGAACUACAUAAACCAUUACCAACUGAGGCCGUACUUACAACUGAAAUUUUUGUUUCUGACGUUUUAGAUAAAGGAAAUAAUGCUGUUAUUGUGGUUGAUGGUAUGUAUUUUUCUAUUAAUAUAAAUUAUUAAAUGUGUUAAUAAUUAUUAUAUUUUUGGUUAGGAAAAACGUACAAUGAAUCAGGUGAAUUGAUUGCAACAUCACAAAUAUGUAGUUUUGUUUUGUCAGCUGGAGGAUUUGGUGGUAAACGAUUUUCAAAUGUAAUAGUUCCAGUACUUGCUAAACCUAAUAGGUCUCCUGAUUCUACAGUUAAAGAGAAAACUUCUGUAAAUCAAGUAAUUGUUUUAAUCUUUACUAAAAUGAACUGUUUAUCACUAUUUAAAUAUUUAAUAUUAUUUUGUUGCCACUAUAUUAUUAAUAGGCAGCUAUCUAUAGACUAACCGGUGAUCUGAAUCCUUUACAUAUCGACCCUUCAUUUGCAAUGGCUGCUGGUUAUAAAGUACCUAUACUUCACGGUUUAGCAACAUUAGGCAUGUCAGUACGUCAUAUACUUAAACAAUAUGCUAAUAACGAUUCAAAACUAUUUAAAUCACUUAAGGUAUGUGUGAUAUUUUAUUUUUAAACAUUUAAAUUUCUUAGUGGGAAUUAUAUUUGCUACACAAAAUCUGGUUGAGCUAUUUAAUUUAUUUUCAAUCAGUAAAAUUGAUAUUAUAAAACUGAUCUAAUGGGUUAACCCAGAAAUAGCAUCUUACACAUGACUUACACAAUUUUCACUCAAUCAUUGAAAACAAAAUAUCCAUUGACAUUAAAAAAAAAACUUGUGUUUACUCAUUAGUCUAUUACAGUGAUUUUCAGCCUCUAUAUAUAUAUAUAUAUAUAUAUGACUUGUGAUAAGCACUAUUAAACUAUUUGAUUGUUGAUUGUAUCCGAACAUUUGAAUAAAUUGAAAACUAUUAGAAUAAAUUACCUAUUUGAUAGUUUCUUUAUAACAAAUAGUUGUAAAAAAAAAAUAACAUAUAUAAUUUAUGUGGAGGCAGGGCAUAAUGUAUGUAGUAUUUUGUAGAAUUAUUUACAAAUUCUAUUUAAUCAAAUGUAGGUAGUGGAAGAUCUACUAUCUUCUAUACAUAGUACCCACUGACCAUAACGUUUAUUCAAAUUUUUUUUUUUUCUAAAUACAAAUAUUUUAAUAGUAUGAGGGAAAAAUACCAAAAUAAAAACUAUUUGAAUAAUUUUUAGAAAUAUUGGUAGUUUUUCCAAACUACCGAUAGUAUAACAUAUUUAUUCAUCUAGCCCUACACUAGAUGUGACCUAAUAUAUAUUCAUAAUUUUUUCGUACAACCUUUUUGAUUCUAAGCUAAGCAAGGAAUGUAUAAGUAUAAUAAUGUUUUUUUUUUUUUUUUUAUAUGCUAUGUACACAAUUUCUACCAGAAAUGUUGCCUGAAUUUCAAGUAUAGCACCUUUUCUGAAAGGGUAUUUCAUCUAGUCGGUAUUUAAAGAGGUCAUUUUUUAAUUUUUCAAGCAGUUUUCAUAAUAACUGGGAUUAAACAGGAGAAAUGGGAAAAUUUACAAAAAUAAUGUUUUUAUUAUUUUCAACUUUAUUUUUUUGUUGAAUUAUUCAUAGAAACUUAAAAUUUGGAGAAAAACUUAUAUUUACUUUUUCUAUAUGUGGUAAAAUUGUUGAGCUAUUUAUUGAUAUUUUAAAUUUGAGUUUUGUUCAUAAUUUUUAUUCAGUAAAUACACUGUGGAUAUAAUUUUAGAAGGUAGAUGAACCAGUUUUGUUUACAGAAUACUUGUUUACCUAUAUUUAUGCUUGUAUUUGUAUUCUUAAUAAAUAGUUAUUUAUAUAUUUAAAAAAAAAUUUUAAACCAAACAAAAAUGCUUGAACAUUUAACAGGAAGUUAAUUAUAAGUUUUACUUAGUUGUAAAUAAGAAAAGGUUGAAUUCUUGUAGUAUUUUCUUUUCUUAAUAGCAAAUUUUGACAAAAAUCAUAAAUAUUACAGCCUUUUAAAACAUGUAUGAUGUUUUAAAAUAUAAUAAUCAAAUUUUGUUCAGAAUUGUAUUUUAUUAGCAAUGAUUAAUUGUUGCAUACAGAUUUACAUUAAAUCCCUCCCUAUAUCCUAUUUUCACAACUUUUCAUCUAAAACAGUGGCCCACCUAUCAUGCGAAGUAUGUCUGUUUUUUAUAAAUUAAAAUUAAAAUGGUGAAGGCCACCUUGUAUCCCCUUUUACAUGUUGUGUGCUCUAAACAAAAUUAUUCCCGAUCCAAAGGUUGAAAAAUACUGGUCUAUUGAAUUAUAAAUCUAAAAUGUAUUUAUUUAUCAAGAAUAAUUUUAUAUGUACUUAAGUAAAUUUUUUGUGUUAAAAAUAAUGUAUUUUAAUUUAUUUUUAUCAUAAUUGUUAAAAAAAAACGCAUAUAAUACAUUUUUAAAUAUUAUAAUAUAAACACAUUUCAUGAUAACAUAAUUUAUAUAAAUAAAAUAUAAUACAAUGAGUAAUGAGAAGUAUAGAAUAGAUUAGAAUAGAUUGUAAUAAACAAGCUUCUUAAUAAAUAAACUACUAUGACCUCCAGGUGAGAUUUAGUAAACCAGUUGUACCAGGCCAAACAUUGUGUACGUCAAUGUGGAGAGAAGAGAACCGCAUUCACUUCACAACUACUGUAUUAGAGACCAACACUAUAGUUCUAUCAGGUAAUUUAAUGAUUUAUAAUUUUAUAAUAUAUAUAUUUUUAUAUAUUUAUUUAUUUUCUAUAAUUUAAAAUAUUAUAUUAUAAUAAUUAGGUGGGUGGGUUUUAGUCACAUUAAGUGGCCUUGACUGUUAUCACAUAUAACUAUUAAAAUGUUACUAUGUGGCUAGUUCUUAAUAUUAUGCACAUACAUUUUGUGUUAGUUAUGAAUUAUUUUCACUUAACCCUAUUGACUUGACAUAUUCAAUUAAUAUUUGCAUACAAUGAAUAUUGAAUAUAAAUGUUAGAUAUAUUUUUAAAAAUGAUUUGUAAAUUUUCAAAAAACAAUUAUGUUGCAACAAGCUUAUUAUAUAUUCUCUGUUAUUGUAGUUAUAUUAUUUUUCACAGUAUUCAGUAUAUUACUUUUUCUUAAUUUUAUUUUCACUAGGUGAGUUUCUUAUUUUAUUUUAAUAAUACUUUAAUAUUUAGAACAAUUACAUUUUUGAUAAAUCAAUUUGUACGCAGUUUGUAGAUUAAACGAUAGAUUGGGUUCAAAUAAAACAAAUAGUUGUUUUUUAUUUUUAUGUACAACUAAAAUAUUUAUGAAGGUAUUAAGGGGUUUUUUUUAUAAAUUCUAAUGUGACUAGUUAUAUGUUAUGUGAUAGUAGAAAAUCUGGAAAUUAUAAACUGUUUAAGGAAUGGAGAGUAGCACUUAAAGGAAAGGAACAAAGGAUAAAUAGAAUUAUUUAGACUAUGAAUUUAGAGGAAUAAGACAAAACAACUAAUGACAAUAAGUGGUGACAUAAUUGGGGAGGUUAAGAGUUUUUAGUGGUACCUAAGAUAGGGUUUUAAGUAUGGGGUCCCGAUAAUGUAUUUCGGGACAACCAAUUGUCUCAAAAAAAUAAGACUUUAAAAAAGUAUUUUUAUAUUUUAUUAAACUCUAGGUUAAAAAAUCAUAAUAUUAUUGUCAUGAUAAAAUGACAAGUUGAAAAAUUGACUGAUGAAUUUUAUUUUUAAAUUAUUUUCCCAACCAAAAAAUAAUUUUUUUUGUCAAAAACAGUUCUUUGCAUUUCUGUUCUGUCAUGGUAGUUGUAGUUAUCCUGAUCGUUAAACGAAUCAACCAGUAUUAAAUAUUUUUUCAGUUGUAGUAAACUUAUUACUAGUAUCAAUUAUAUAGUAUACUGUAAACUGUAAUAGUAGUAAUGACCACUGAGUGUGUCGUGCGGUAUUUUGUGAAAACAGUGCGAUAUGGCUCCAAAACAUCUAUGUACAUUUAAUAGAACACAGAAAAAAUGAAAAGAAAAAAAUUUGUUCCGGUUUUUGCCAAAUAAAAUAUGGUAACCCUAACCUAGGGUCUUUUGUACAAAAAAAUGAUAGAUUUCAUAAAAAUGUAAGACAUAAGAUUUAGUGUGGUUCAAUAAAGUGGAGGGAAGCUAAAAAUUUUUAUGUGACAAAAGAAUACCACCAUUAAGACUUAAAGUUAAGUUCCACAAAAGUGUGGUGAUACUAUGUUGUAUGGUUUGUAAUGUUGAGUGGGAACAUAAAAUUAGUGUAGCAGAGAUGAGAAUGCUUAGGUGGAUGAGUGGAGUAAUGAAAGAAGAUAGGAUAAGGAAUGUGAGUAAAUGAGAAGUAGUUUAGGCGUGGUUAGACAAAAUGAGAGAAAAUAGAUAGAGAUAGUUUGAGGAGUAUGUCAUGAGGAGAGAAAAAUCUAAAGCAGUAAGAAUUGUAAUGAAAAUAAACAUAGGAGGGAAGACUGAAAAAAUAUUGAUUGUAUAAAACAGGAUAUUAAUAUUUUGGUUAGAAAUGUGUAUAACAUAGUUUUAAAUUUUUUAUAUUCGUGUUCUAGUAAAAAAAUACAUUCUUAUCUAAAAAUAAAAGACUCCAAGUGUGGAUGACCGCAAUUAAAAAAUUAUGUAUCUUUUAAAUUGAAAAAAAAUCCAUUAAACCAAUCUUUAACAAAAUAUAAAGUAUAUAGACAAUAUAGAUAGAAACUUAAUUUUUUAAUAUAACUAGCUAGAAUUAAUUGUUAUUGGAUUAAAUUUAAUUCAGUAGUAAAAUAUCCAAAAUCUACAUCAAAUUUAAUAAAAGAAAUUACUAGAAAAAAAUUUGUUAAUACAGAAACUAUAAAACAUUAAAAAUUAAUAAACACUGUUGAAGUAAACCAAUCAGAACAUGUUAUAUUUUUGAUGAGUUGUUUGCUAUAAUUGUAGUUAUUCUAAGAAAAAAAUUUAAGUCCAUAUUUAUGGAAGUAGAUUUAUAUUAAGAAUAAUAAGUUUUGCUAACAUAAAGGGAAAUACAUUUUUGUUAAAAAAUCGACAUGGAUUUAGAAAAAGACUGGAUACUAUUGAUGCUCUGUAUAAUGUAUCAAAAUACCUUGACAUGUACUUGAUAAUAGCCAAAAAUCAAAACAGUUUUUUUUGUACCUACUUUGCUAAAACUUUCGACACUGUCUAUCAUUAUUAAAUUCUUUAUCUGGUUUUUCGGAAAUAAAAAAUAUAUAAAUUAUGCAAGAGUAUAAGCACACAUUGUUGAAUAUUUUGGACCAACAUUUCAAUUGUCUAAAUAACAAUUUUAAGGAAAACCUUAGAAUAAAUAAUAAUAUUAUAAAUAAAACUUUAUGCAAUUAUAUUUAUCUGAAUUGUGAAAUGUUAAAAAUAUUUUUUUUUCUUUUGCCAUUGUAUUAAAAUUUUUAUAAAUUAUAUUUAAUUUGUAGAUUAUAGGAAAAUAAUUCUCUAUUUUCAACACAGGCGUUCCUUACAGUAGAUGAACCAAUUUUUCAUUUAAUAAAUGGUUGUUCGAUUUAAAAAAAAUAUAAACAUUGAUAUUUUUUUUUAGGCGCCUACAUGGAAUUACACGAAGUUAAAUUUCCUUCCAAACCACAUAUGAUUUUGUGCUCGGGUGAAGUCGAAGAACUACCAAGCGAUGCAGUAUUCCAAGGUAUGCAAGAACGUAUAGACUCAAACAAAAGUCUAUUAAAAUCAAUCAAUGGCAUCUUCUUAUAUCAUAUCACAAAAAAUGGAAAAGUAGCCAGUACAUGGAGUAAGCUUUUAAACUAGAAAUGUGUUUAUUAUUAACUAAUUAAUUAACUAAUAUCACUAUUAUACAAAUUUAAAUCUAUUUAGCUGCAGACUUGAAAACUGGCAAAGUUUAUCGGGGAGAACCUGAAAAGGGUUUAAAAGUAGAUACAACAUUAACUAUAAGCGAUUCGGACAUGAUUGAUUUGGUAAGCAUAACAAAAUUAUAUUGUAUUGCACAUUGUGACAAUAAAUAUUUUUACAAUAUCUUUCAUUUAGGCUCUUGGAAAGCUAAAUCCUCAGAUGGCAUUCAUGAAGGGUAAAUUGAAGAUAAAAGGAAACAUUAUGUUGGCCCAAAAAUUAAAAGCGUUAAAUACAGAAUCAAAAUUGUAA